AUACGUAAUUAUCUACAUAUAUACAUGUAACUUAACAUAUGUGUUAUCAUUUCUAUUGCGUGUCUAUUUCAUUUCACCCCCGAGCAACUGAAAGUGUAUUCGACAACAGAAUUGCGUUCUUGACUGUUAAAUAACUAUAUAGAUACAAAAUUAGACUUUAUUUUACGAUUAAUCAUUCCUUUUUAUUGAUCCAUACUCUGCGAAAACUCGCGAAGCGCACGCUCUGUGGUAACAGAUGUUAGCGCGUGGCACGGUGGAUAUUGAAGGAUAGACAUAAAAUAGCCGAUAUUGAAAACUCCACAAGGACUUUGUAGAACUUUGGAAGUAAUUUACAACAUAAAAAUUAGUUUUAGCUGUCGACAAUUUAAAAAAAAAAAAAACAAGAGAUCUUAGUUGUCGUAACCAUGGAUAAGUCGCUGUUGCCAGGCAACAAAAUGUCAGAUAAAGAAAAUCUGAUUGAAGAAUUAAGAAGUAGAUUAGAAGGAAUCCCGCCUUUAGAAGAUGAGGAAGAUUUCUUUACGUCAUAUGAAACGUUAGCUCGCUACCUCAAGUCUUAUAAUUGGAAUGUAAAUGAAGCUGAGAAAUAUUUAAAGGCCACUAUAGAAUUUCGUAGAGAACAACGACCAUUAUAUGUAGAUUGUAAAUAUUGUCAUGAUAGACCUGGAUAUCAUUCUAUGAGACAGGUGGGGUUUGAUGAAAUGGGCCGACCUGUAAUUUAUGCUAAUUUUGCCCAAGCAGCGACGUAUAAAUAUAUGUUGGAUGAUUCGGUAGCCCAUGUGACGUAUCUCGUAGAGAAUGCUAAAAGGACAAUGAAACCUGGUAUAUCUACCUGGGUGUUUGUUAUUGAUUGUACAGGGAUGACCCUGUCGGCCUGUAAUCCAAAAUUAGGAUAUGGUGUCACACAAGCAUUAGCAGAUCAUUAUCCAGAACGUCUGGGUUUAGUUAUUUGUAUAAAUCACAAUGCCGUUUUUCAUGGCGUCUGGCAUGCUAUAAAAGGAUUUCUUCACCCACAGACUGUGGCUAAAAUGAAAUUGAUUCGAUCCAAAAGAAAAGUUAUGCACGCAUUUGAAAAAUAUUUUUCACCGGAACUGGUGGAUUGGUUAGUCAAAGAAAUAAAAUACAACAAACAAAAACCUCUACCCGCUAGUCAAAAGGAAUUUUGGAAUGCACACGCUGGGGGCCACGACCCCAGAGGUUGUCCCUCAUAUAUCAAGGAAUAUGUGGAACCGUAUGUCAGUAGUAAUCCAGAAACUCGACCCAGUCACAAACCACAUCCAAAUAUUAUAGAUACGGUAUGUGGUAAAGUCAAGGCCAUUGCUUUAACGGCAGAAGAACAAAAAGAGCGGGAAAUAGCACAACAAGUUGCUGCUGAAACAGAAGAUUGUGUUGGAAGUGAUGACGAGGCUGCGGCUGCCGCCACUAUAGAAAUAAGCGAAGAAUUCCAAAUACCAAGUGAUGCCACAAAACUGUGUACAUGAAAAUAAAGUAUUUUUAGAAACUUAACACGUUCAUAAAAUAGGGAAGUUAUUUUGAUGUUGGAUUUAAGAUGUAAAAAGUUUUAAACAUUCUCUGAUGUUCAACAUCUAAUUAUAACAAGUUCUGACAUUUCAUAGUGCAAUACAAUUAAUUCAUAAGGGGACGUUAUUAUCUUAAGCCUGUUUUCCAGGUUGAACUUCACAUGUAUAUUGUAUAAUUAUAAUUAUUUCCCGAAGAACCGGUCGUAACUGUAUAUUUAUUUAUUCUUAGGAUGUCCAUAUCAAUACCAUACUCACGGCGAUUUGACAUUUUCACUUUAUAUAGGUGGAAAUUACAUAGUCAGAUAUAUUAGUAAAGUAUUUUGAAAUAAAAUCCUUUAAAAAUGUCAAUAUUAAGAUAGUUCAGAGAACUAUAAUUUAAAAACCAUAUUGUUUUGAGUGUAAAAUAUUUUGAAGGGUGUGGUGAUUUAUAGAUAAAAUGUGCAUAAUUUUUUCAAACAAAG